CCUUCCACAACUACGUGCUCUGCCUCUUUCGGAGCAGAUGCCCUGUAGCAUAUAAAUAGAAGCGCCCCAGCAGGCAGAACAUCAUUCUUGUUCCACAAGUUCAUUCAGACGCUUCAAUCGAUCUAUCUCUACAGCAAUGGCUCGUACCAAGCAGACCGCUCGUAAGUCGACCGGAGGCAAGGCCCCGCGCAAGCAGCUGGCGACCAAGGCUGCUCGCAAGAGCGCCCCGGCCACCGGCGGAGUGAAGAAGCCACAUCGCUACAGGCCCGGAACCGUCGCACUCCGUGAGAUCCGUCGCUACCAGAAGAGCACGGAGCUGCUGAUCCGCAAGCUGCCCUUCCAGCGCCUCGUGCGUGAGAUCGCCCAGGACUUCAAGACCGACCUGCGCUUCCAGAGCUCGGCUGUGAUGGCCCUGCAGGAGGCCAGCGAGGCCUACCUCGUCGGCCUCUUCGAGGACACCAACCUCUGCGCCAUCCACGCCAAGCGCGUCACCAUCAUGCCCAAGGACAUCCAGCUGGCUAGACGCAUCCGUGGAGAGCGUGCUUAAAUUCUAGCACUUUCCCUUUCUUUUCAAAAAACAAUCGGCCCUUUUCAGGGCCAACAAA